AAAUUACCAGAUGAAAGUUUCUAUACCCCGGAGACCGCUCAAGCUAUACAAAUAUAUCUACAAAUAAUUGAUAAAUCUAUCGCUAUGAAAGAAAUACUUGAUGAUGAGAGAAUCAUUUCUAUGCUUCAAGCUAAGGAGAAUGAAGAAUUAAUAGGGCAAAAAGAUAAAGAUGAAGAUAAGAUACCCAAUCUACUAGUAGCAGCAGCUGAAGCAUAUGAUACAAUACAGACCAUUAUUCACUAUAAAGAGCAAGAAAGUUCAGAGUUAAAUCUCUCUCUUGAAGAAUUAGAGUUUUUAAGAAAAUUACUCAAGGAAUAUAAACGUGUAUAUGAAAAGUCAAAAAAACAAACCAAAAUUACUAGUUUUUUUAAACUUCAAGGUUCAUAUUCUUAUUUUCAAGAUUCAUCUCUUCAAGAUUUAUCUUCUCAAAAUCCAUAUUCCCAAGAUUUAUAUUCUUAA